UCCCCACAGCCCCAUCCCACCACAAGAGAACCACCAUGGCCGCCACUUCUGUCCCCAUCUGUCUCACCACCCUUCUCCUCCUCCUCCUCCUCCUCUCCCUCAAUACCCAAGCCCAGACCCCCUCAGCCCCUGCUCCAGCACCCCCUGGUCCCGUCAACCUCACUGGAAUUCUUGAUAAAAAUGGUCAAUUCACCACAUUUAUUAGGCUUUUAACCUCAACCCAAGUAGCAAACCAAGUCGAAAACCAGCUCAACAGCUCCACCGAGGGCAUGACUGUUUUUGCUCCCACCGAUAAUGCCUUUAACAACCUUAAAGCUGGUACUAUAAAUGACCUCACUAUUCAACAACAAGUUCAACUUGUUCUGUAUCACAUUUUACCAAAAUUCUACACUUUGAACAAUCUUUUACUGGUUAGCAACCCAGUUAGGACUCAGGCCACCGGCCAAGAUGGUGGCGUUUUUGGUCUCAACUUUACAGGCCAAGGCAACCAAGUUAAUGUGUCAAGUGGUAUUGUUGAGACGCAAAUCAACAAUGCUUUAAGGCAAGAUUUUCCUUUGGCGGUCUACCAAGUUGACAAGGUGUUGUUGCCUGAGGAGUUGUUUGGCGUUAAGGCACCAACGGCAGCUCCCGCACCGCCAACAAAGACUUCGUCUGGUGGUUCAACGAACUCAACAGUAGCGGCUUCACAGCCAGCACCUGGCAACGGCUCAGGUGGAAGGAAUAGUAAUGUGGCAUUGGGGUUUGUUCUGGGACUGGGGUUGGCAUGCAUGGGAGUUCUUUCUUGAGAAAUCUUGUUGAUCAAAGUGUUUUGCGCAUGAAUUUGCUUUCUUUCUCGAUCUACCCUUGGGGUUUGCU